AUGAACAAGAUAUUCGAGUAUGGCGGUGUGGAGAAUAUUCCUUUGUAUAAUUGCAGUGCAAUGUCUCCUGAUGCAUGGACCUCCCAAUUUGGAAUGCAACGUCCUAUCCUUGGCAUCAUAAGCAUAUCUUACGGAUCAAUAAUGGAAGUCCUAUUCAUCCCUUCCCUUCUCGCAAUGCUCGACAAAGAUCUCUGGUGUCUUUCCUGCUACAAAAUCAUGUUUUUCGUUGGCAUUGUAGACAUGCUGGCUCUCGCAAUGAACUCCAUUUCCACCGGUGUUCUAGCCUUUGAGGGAGCAGUUUUCUGUACGCAUUCAGUGUUUAUCUAUCUUGCCGGACUGUGUGGAUUAGGGUUAUGGUGUUGCUCAUGUCUCAUGAAUAUCAUGUUACUGGUGAACCGGACGUUGAACGUGGCGAAUUCCAGUUUUUCUGAACGCCUUUUUGAAGGAUAUCGAACCUAUUUGAUGCUGCUAGUCCCUAUAGUUUAUGGUUUCUAUUUCAUAUUUUUCACACCAACAUGUGUAUUUUCUUCAAGGUAUUAUGCUUGGUUCUACGACCCGUUUAUUUUUCCUAACCGAACAUCAGAGUACACAAAUGUCGCUCAUGGAGUAAACAAUCUUAUGAUAAUGUGUGGCACAUUUGUCUUCUACGCCUAUAUCUGUUACGUUCUUUGCAAGGCUAACAGAACAGGAAAAUCAUCAAGGAUUCAUAUUCAAUCCUAUCAGAUUUUGUAUCAAUCUGUCGCUAUUUGUUUCAUCAAUCAAGUAUCAUCCAGUGUUUAUGUAGUUAUGAACUUCAUAACCGUUCCAGAAUGGCUCAUUGUAGUUGCUCAGCUGAUGAUGCCCGGUGAUCAUCUACAUGACAAUGAACCCAACUAUUCGAUCAGGAUAGGCGAAUCUCGUCUGUGCAGACAACAACAAUACGACCCUUCCAGUACCGUGACGCUUGCUGAACACGAAUCGGACUUUGACCUAAUUGUUACUGCUAGAAUGGAUUUCUUAAAAUUUGAAUAUUUUGAAAAUAACAAAGUCAUAUGA